CCGCCCCCUGCCUUGAGUGAGCUGGGUGUUUCCUGCCUCUCAGUCCGGAUUUGGUGACUCCGGCGUCCUCCGGCUUUUCAUGGAAGAGAUGUCAGGAGAAAGCGUGGUGAGCUCAGCGGUGCCAGCGGCUGCUACCCGCACCACUUCCUUCAAGGGUGCCAGUCCCAGCUCCAAGUACGUGAAGCUGAACGUGGGGGGAGCCCUCUACUACACCACCAUGCAGACGCUCACCAAGCAGGACACCAUGUUGAAGGCCAUGUUCAGCGGACGCAUGGAAGUGCUCACUGACAGUGAAGGCUGGAUCCUCAUCGACCGUUGCGGGAAGCACUUUGGGACGAUCCUCAACUACCUUCGAGACGGGGCUGUGCCCCUGCCCGAGAGCCGCAGGGAGAUCGAGGAGCUGCUAGCGGAGGCCAAGUACUACCUGGUGCAGGGCCUGCUAGAAGAGUGCCAGGCAGCACUACAACAGAACAAAGAUACUUAUGAGCCCUUCUGCAAAGUUCCUGUCAUCACGUCCUCCAAGGAAGAACAGAGGCUCAUAGCAACGUCAAAUAAGCCAGCGGUGAAACUGCUGUACAACAGAAGCAACAACAAAUACUCCUACACCAGCAAUUCUGACGACAAUAUGUUGAAAAACAUCGAACUGUUCGACAAGCUUUCCCUGCGCUUUAACGGGAGGGUCCUGUUCAUCAAGGACGUCAUCGGGGAUGAAAUCUGCUGCUGGUCGUUUUAUGGCCAGGGCCGAAAAAUCGCUGAAGUCUGCUGCACCUCCAUUGUCUACGCCACCGAGAAGAAGCAGACCAAGGUUGAGUUCCCUGAAGCCCGCAUUUACGAGGAAACCCUGAAUAUCUUGCUGUAUGAGGCCCAGGAUGGCCGAGGACCUGACAAUGCUCUCCUGGAGGCCACGGGCGGGGCAGCUGGACGCUCUCAUCACCUGGACGAGGACGAGGAGCGGGAGCGGAUCGAGCGAGUUCGGAGGAUCCACAUCAAGCGCCCAGAUGACCGGGCCCACCUCCACCAGUGAGCAGGCCGAGCAACCUGCCCUCCCUCCGUCCUCCCUCUGCUCCUGCCCCGCCCCCUCAGACCCUGUGCAGGCUUUGGGCGGCUCCCACUUCCCCUGGAGUCUGAGACACUUUUGUAACAAGCCAGAUGAUUAUUUUGAUACUUCUUGACAAAGUGGAUUGCUUCUGUGUUGACCAGGUGUGCACCCCUUCUGUGUCUGAGGCCCCACCUCUUGUGAGAGCCUGGAGCCAGGCUUUCUGGGCUCUUGGAGGAAAAGUAUGAAUGAGUUUGGCGUGUAUGUGAGAACCUUUGUUGCAGUAUUUAUUUUUAUGGGUGUUGACUACCUAGUAGGGCUUCUUAGGUGACACUCCCUUAAGGGCUUAGUUUGGCAGUUCAGAGGGACGGUGUAGUUGGCAGCCAGCCACCCAGGUGUCCUUGAGCCCUGGCUCGUGUGCUCUGAGCGGGCAGUGGUGUUGCUUUCCUGGGAGUCUGCUCUGUGUGUGGUUUUGUACUAGAGCGCCCUAGUCAGCAGUGGAAGGGGGACGAAGUGUGCUUCCAGCCCCGCCCUGGUCCCUCGGUGGCAGGCACACUGCCAGGCCAGGGAGCAGACCCAGGAAGUUGCAGCCAUUGCUGCUUUUAGGGUCUACUCGUCUCUGCAUGGCUUCUUUUCCCAAGGUGUGCCUUGCCCUUUGGUUAGGAACUGUGUGGCCGCAGACACUGGCACUGGGGAAGGACACCACUGAGCUUGCAGCCUGACUCGGGCGGUUUCCCUGCUACCCUGCUGCAACCCUGCAGGGUUUGUUUCUGUGCAGAAUAGAGUGGGCGUGCAGAUACCUUUGGGUCUUGUUUGUGGUUCCGGGAGGUGUGUGACUGUUGGUGGGAACGUAGAGUUGCAGGGCGCAGGCGCUCAGGACGGACCCCAGUUACCUCCAGUCUGCGCUGCGCAGAGGAGUCAUGACUGAAGGGUGGUUGAGGAGACUCACCAGGGUUAGGUGAGAGUGGUGGGGUGGGGUGGCUGCUUGAUAAAGGACAUGUGGCUAUUUCCAGACCAAAGGUAUUAAGUGGGUGAUGUCUGACACAUUUAAAGUUGCUAUUUUGCAGCGGUUUGUACAGCUCACUUUGUACACCUUCUUGUAUCUGACAGCAAAGCCUGUGCUAACCAUUCAGACAAUCCCGACUGGAUCGAGGAACCAUGUACGGGGUGGAUGCUUUGUACAUAACGGUGUGGGGUAAACUUUUGUAUUAAGAGCCAGAAAGGGAGCUUUGAAUCAUGUUUCCUAAGGUUUUAUACUGUUUGUUUUAAACGUCAGCCCUGCCCAGUGGGUUCAGCUUUUCUAGGAAUUUAAACUGAAUGUCCUGGUGUUUUCUAUAGGAAUGGAAAAGCCAUGUAUACACUGUUUAAAUGUUCAUGUGCAGAAUGACAGUAGCGGCACAAUCUGACUUGCCUUGGCCUCUGGCCGGAUGGUCACUUUUUUGUUUUUGGCAGCUCGCGCUCUCUCUCUCUCUCUCUCUCUCUCUCUCUCUCUCUCUCCUCCCUGUGCCUCAAACCUUGUGCCUGUAGCUCUGUAUUCCAGCUCCCAGGGAGAGGGACAGACCUAGCGACCAUUCCACGGUGCCUGACCCAGCGUCAGUCUCCAAAGCUCAGCUUCCGGGUUCCAAACCCUGGCGUGAAGGCAGUAGUCAGCACUUCUAGUUCACCAGCUAGUGAGUCGCUGGUGUAAAGAGUGAACUGUUACUGCACGCUAAGGGCUCACAGUGAAAAUAAGCCGGAAUAGCUUUUAGCUCAUGGUAACCAAGUUCAGUGUUUGUGAGGCCCACACCCCUGGCAGGCCUGGCACAGCUUCCUACCACCUGCUGUGGAAGAUGGGCUGUUUGACCUCCCUGGAGGUCAAGAUCCCAUUCAGGGGCCACGUCCCAUACCUGCUGCUCAGUGCUGCUGGUAUUUGGCCUCCCCAGAGUGCUUGUGGGCCAGCGGGCUCCACCCACAGCCCCUGGUCACGGAAGCACCUUCCUGCCUCUGAACUAUGAAAACCAUGCUGAGUUUUACAAGUGCUCACUGUACGCGUCUGCAGACACAUGUAAAAUAAACUACACUCUGCUUCUACUCACA